GCGCCCAACACGGACUUGGCGCUGGGGUUGCUCUUCGCCGCCAGGUCCGGGAUCCAGCCGAGUUUGUUUAGGCAGGGGUCCAGGACCACUGACUGCCAGGUCCUCCCGGCCAUGCCGCACCCGCAGGCCCCUACGGUGAGGGUGAUGAACCCGGACGGCUAGUGCACUCAGCCAGCGCUCAGAGGGCGGGGCGCGGCGCGGCGGGGGCGGGGCGCGGCGGGGCUCUGAGGCUGCGGACCGGCCGGCGGUCGUGUUUUUCUAGGCAGACGCUGAAGGAGUUUCGCUCCGGGCGGCCGCAGACAUGAACUACUCGCGGUUCCUCACAGCGACCAGCGCGGCCAGGACGUGUUCUCCCAUCCGGGCCAUGGCUGAUAAAUUGGUUAAGGCACCAAAAUCAAUCAUUUCUUUGGCUGGUGGGUUACCAAAUCCAAGAAUGUUCCCCUUUAAGACUGCCAUUAUCACUAUGGAAGAUGGAACAACCAUCCAGUUUGGAGAAGAGGUUAUGAAGAGAGCACUUCAGUAUUCUCAGACUGCUGGAAUUCCAGAGCUUUUGUCCUGGCUAAAACAGUUACAAGUAAAAUUGCAUAAUCCUCCCACCGUCCAUUAUCCCCCCAGUGAAGGACAAAUGGAUAUAUGUGUCACGAUUGGCAGCCAAGAUGGUCUUUGUAAGGUCUUUGAAAUGAUCCUUAACCCCGGAGAUAAUAUUCUCCUAAAUGAACCUACUUAUGGAGGAACACUUCACAUUCUGAAACCACUGGGCUGCAACAUCAUCAGUGUCGCCAGUGACGAGCAUGGAAUGAUCCCAGACUCCCUCAGAGAAAUACUUUCCAAGUGGAAACCAGAAGAUUCAAAGAGCCCUGAGAAAAACACCCCCAAAUUUCUCUAUACUAUCCCAAAUGGCAACAAUCCUACUGGAAACUCAUUAACAAGUGACCGUAAAAAGGAAAUCUAUGAGCUUGCAAGAAAAUAUGAUUUCCUCAUAAUAGAAGAUGAUCCUUACUAUUUUCUCCAGUAUAACAAGUCCUGGGUACCAACAUUUCUGUCCAUGGAUGUCGAUGGGCGUGUCAUCAGAGCUGACUCUUUUUCGAAAGUCCUUUCUUCUGGGCUGAGAAUUGGGUUUUUAACUGGUCCAAGACCCUUGAUACAGAGAGUUGUUCUUCACACAGAAGUGUCAUCAUUACACCCCAGCACUUUUAACCAGCUUAUGGUAUCCCAGCUUCUACACCGGUGGGGACAAGAAGGCUUCCUGGCUCAUGUGCACAGGGUUAUUGAUUUCUACAGGAGCCAGCGAGAUGCAGUGUUGGCAGCUGCAGACAGGUGGCUCAGUGGUUUGGCAGAAUGGCACGUUCCUACUGCCGGGAUGUUUUUGUGGAUUAAAAUUAAAGGCAUUUCUGAUGUAACAGAACUGAUUGAAGAAAAAGCCAUCAAGAAAGAGAUAUUACUGCUUCCUGGAAACGGUUUCUACAACAAUAGCUCAGCUCCCAGCCCUUAUGUGAGAGUAUCCUUCUCUUCAGCCUCUCCAGAACAGAUGGAUAUGGCCUUCAAGAUAUUAGCCCAACUUAUAAAAGAAUAUUUAUGAAAAAGAAUCAAACUGAUCAUACUGUUCAUGGAUUUUUCCAAUAAAUUAUUUCAAUGUUUUUGCAGGAAGACAUGAUCAUUGGUGUUAGACUUACAGAUCAGAUUUCCUCAUACGUAUCUGUAGUAGUUCAAUGAGACAACUUUUAAAGUGCCUUUAAAUCAUCAGAUUGCCAAAAUAUGAGUCUGUUAUGAAUUUUGAUUGAUUUUCAAUCUACAAAAUUUAUUUUUAUCUUGGAUCUUAUUGUAAAGAACUCUGUAGUUGCUUUAUAAUUUCCCAUAAAUUUUCUUUGAAAAUAAUAUUUUAUGCCAUAUUAUUUUGAAAAUUUAAGGAAAUAAUUAAGUUCAAAAUGGUAUAUAAUGGGUACUUUUUCUAUUUUUAGAAAAAUUUAAUGAGAACAAAAACUGUUGUGAUUUGACCAUUAUAAAUGAUUUUUAUUAAGAAUACCAUAGAUGGCUUGGUGCCCGUAGCUCAGUGAGUAGAGUACCAGCCACAUACACCGAGGCUGGUGGGUUCGAGCCCAGCCUGGACCUGCUAAACAACAAUGGCAAUUCCAACCAAAAAGUAGCCAAGUGUUGUGGCAGGCGCCUGUAGUCCCAGCUACUCAGGAGGCUGAAGCAAGAGAAUCACUUAAGCCUAAGAGUUUAAGGUUGCUGUGAGCUGUGAUGCUACAGCACUGUAACCGAGGGCGACAUAGUGAGACUCUGUCUCAAAAAAAAAAAUAAAGAAUACCAUAGACAUUAUGUUAUGCCACAGAAAUCCCUUUAAAAUAAAAUUCUGAAGCUAAACUUA